ACGGCGUCGUUUGUUUGCGUCUUCCCCAAAACACUUUCUUUGGUUUUGUGACUGUGUCUGUCGAGGGUUUGAGAGAGCAGAAUGGUUCUAUCAAACAAGAAACUGAAGCUUAAGCUGAGAGCUGAAUUAGCCCAAAGCAACUCCAACGCCGCCGCUGAACCCCCUUCAUUUUCUAUUAAUAAUAAUAACUCUCUCAAAACUCUUCUGGACUCUGCCACGCCCACACCCAGAUUCUUCAAGAGAGAGAAGCGAAGAAAGCUUCGAUCCCACCAACCUCCACAACAACCCAACAAGGAAAAUGAAACUGAAACACAGGGUUCGCCCAAUAAGAAGACAAAGAGGAAGAAGCUAGAGGACGAUGACGUGGCAGCAACUGGAGUUUCCGACGCACCAAAGAAGAAGAAAAACCCCAGGACGGCUAAGGAAAACGAAUCUAAUGGUGGAGGGGAAAUGCCAGAGGCUACAGAGUUAACCAAGACCAAUACAACUACCAGUCAAGACAAUGGUGAUGCUCCUAAUACAAAUACAAAGAUUUAUGUUGGAGGAAUUCCCUAUUAUUCAACUGAGGAUGAUAUUCGAAGUUAUUUUGAAAGCUGUGGCACCAUAACUGAAGUUGAUUGCAUGACUUUUCCUGAAACUGGCAAGUUUAGAGGGAUUGCCAUUAUUACUUUCAAGACUGAAGCAGCAGCCAAAAGAGCAUUGGCUCUUGAUGGAGCUGACAUGGGAGGACUCUUUCUUAAAAUCCAACCAUAUAAAGCAACUCGAGCCAAUAAAGCCUCAGAUUUUGCUCCAGAAAUUUUGGAGGGGUACAAUAGAAUAUAUGUUGGAAAUUUGUCGUGGGAUAUAACAGAGGAAGAACUGAGGAAAUUCUUCAAUAAUUCUGAGAUAACAUCGCUACGAUUCGGUAUGGACAAGGAGACAGGAGAGUUUCGAGGGUAUGCCCAUGUGGAUUUUGGUGAUAGUCAGUCACUAAAAAAAGCACUUGCAUUGGACCAAAAUGUUUUGUUUGGGAGACCUGUCAGGAUAAGUUGUGCGGUUCCUUUGAAGAAAAAAACUGGAACUCAUGCAAGCUCCACAGUUAAUGAAGCUAAUGGUGAUAAAUCAAGUUCCACAGGAAGUGACAAGAUAAAUGGAGCUGAUGGUGAUAAAUCAAGUUCCACAGGAAGUGGCAAGAUGAGGAGGAGGACAUGCUAUGAGUGUGGUGAGAAAGGACAUACAUUUGCGGCAUGCCCAACGAAACAAACAGUUGCUGCAACUACAACCUAAAGCGUGUAGGAAAACUCAAACAGGUCACUGUUCUUGUUUCUUCUAGCAAACAGUUUGAUUGUAGUUUAUAAAAUACAAUAGUGAGGCAUCCAUAACUGAUCGGAUUUACAGUUUCCUACUUCCCUUGUUAUUGUUAUCAUUUUUUCCUCUUGAAAUGAAAAUUCUUUGUCUUUGUUAUAAGCAAAGAAAAGUAGGAAGAGAUUAAAAAGUUACUACUAGUUUGAGAUUUUGUUCACAGAUAGAUAGACAAUUUGAUGCAAAUUAAUAGUAAAUCCAAACUUUCUUUUGGUUGCUCCUUA